AUGUUGACAAGUGCUUACAUUGAUCAUACUUUGUUAAAACCCGAAGCGACGUUAAAGCAAAUUGAUCAACUAUGUGCAGAGGCAACCGAACAUAAAUUUGCAACAGUUUGUAUCCAGCCUUGUCAUGUGAAGUAUGCUGCCGACAAGUAUUCGGUACGUGUUUGUACCGUCAUUGGAUUUCCUCUGGGAGUAACAAGUACGCAAACAAAGAUAUUUGAAUGUCAACAAGCUUUAAGCGAUGGUGCCCAAGAGAUCGACAUGGUUAUUAAUAUUGGCAAAGUCAAAGACGGCAAUUUCGAAUACGUACAGAAUGAAAUCGAACAAUUGGCUAAACUGGUUCAUUCAUCCGGUGAAAACAAGCUUUUAAAAGUUAUUAUCGAAACAUGCUUGUUGAAUGAAGUUGAAAAGCAGAAGCUAUGUCAAAUCGUUGGCGAUGCCGGUGCGGAUUUUAUAAAAACUUCAACGGGAUUUUCAACCGGCGGUGCGACGUUGGAUGACAUUAAAUUAUUACGGCAAUAUUCACCGAAGCAUGUGCAAGUCAAAGCAUCUGGUGGUAUACGAGACAGUAGUUUUGCGAAGGAGCUGAUUCAAGCCGGUGCCACGCGUCUUGGAACAUCAUCUGGCGUUGCUUUGAUGAAAGACAUUCCUACAACAUCGAAUUAUUAG